CUCCAACUGAAAGCUGACUCUCUGGUCGAUGAUAAACUGGAAGUUGACAAGUGGAAUUCAAUGAUUCGCAAGCUUGUUCAUGGUGAUGUUCCGUCUGAAACUCCUCGUCUGAAAUUGAAAAGGAAUGCGUAUGCAACAGCAAUAAUGGAAAAGAAUACUAAUUCAAAAAAAAAAGUGGAAAAUGAGAAUGAGCAAAUGAAAAUGGAAGUAAACAUUUAG